AUGGCCGGUCCUCCACCUCCACCACCGCCUCCAGGUCCUCCACCACCUCCCGGACCACCACCUCCUGGGGCUUUGCAACUGGGUCCACCUCCGGCUAUGCCUGCUGGAAGGGAUGCAUUAUUGGGAGACAUUAGAAAGGGAAUGAAAUUGAAGAAAGCAGUCACAGUAGAUAAAUCUAAACCUUUGAUAGAAGGGAAAACGUCAAUAUCAACGUCAAUGCCACCAACCUCCCCAACUCCAAUGACUGGUGGUGGCAGCAGCCAUGGGUCAGUCAAACCUUCAGGAGCUCCGCAAUUAGGUGAUAUUUUUGCAGGAGGAAUGCCAAAAUUGAAACAUGUAGAUAAUAGAGCAGGAAUAGUUCCUCCUUCUGCUCCAAAGAUUCCAAUUCCAGGAAUGAACAAUAAUGCACCAGCACCAACGCCACAUAUUCCAACUUCAAGACCUGCAAAACACGCAGAGCCACCUGUAGUUCCUGGCACAAGACCACCAAAGAGGAAUUCAAUAGAAAUGCCAUCUGCACCAGCCCCUCCUCCAGUACCAUCAUUUGCACCUCCACUUCCCAGCGGACUUCCACCGGGAGCGCCACCAAUUCCAACUCAGGCACCUCCGCCACCAUCUAUUCCUCAGGCAGCACCCAAGAUUCCUCCAACUAGACCCGGUAAAUCAGGCCAUUUGAAGAAGAGUUCUAUUAGCUCGAUUGAGAAUGUAUCUCCUACACCACCUGCUGCACCACCAGUUCCAUCAAUGCCUCCACCACUCCCAUCCAUGGCUCCACCACUCCCAGGAAAUGCUCCACCUCCACCUCCACCACCACCUCCAGCAGCAGCAGCUUUAUCAGCCAGUAAUUCAAAUAAGGGCAGUACUCCUAUUCCAGGUUUACCAGCUGGCGGAUUACCGUUCUUGGCCCAAAUUAAUGCAAAGCGAGACGAUAAGAAUGUGAUUGAUUCAACCAAGGUUCCACAUGCACAACCUCCUGUGUCAAGUCUACCACCUCCAAUUCCGGCAGGGGGGCCACCAGCAUUGCCAACAUCUAUUCCACCUCCACCACCAGCAUUGCCAGCAUCUAUUCCACCUCCGCCACCAGUAUUGCCAGCUUCAGUUCCACCUCCUCCACCGGCUCCUCCUGUGCUGAUUCCUAAAGCAUCUGCUCCAACACCACCUCCACCACCACCUCCACCACCACCUCCGGGCCCCCCUCCUCCUUCGACGUCAUUAGGAGUGCCAGCCACAUCCAAGCCAGGAAGAAGUCCUAGCCCAAGUCCUGCUGCUGGAGGAUUACCAUUCCUCUCCCAAAUCGCCGCCAAGAGAAAUGACAAGUUUGUCGUAGAUGGAGAAAGUGGUUAUUCUACUGUGAAUUCCGAAGCAUCUACGCCUGCUCCUUCAAAAGAGCCACCUAAACGGAAAACGCCAACCAAGGUUGCUAUUCCACACAUACCUCAAGUACCUCCAGCACCCCCAACUAUCCCCCUGGCACCUCCAGUUGAAGUUCCAGAAAAGAAACAUGAAGAAAAGAAGAGAUUUGGAUUUAAUCCGUUCAAACACAAGUCGCAUGCUCAUGAUUCUCCACCCCAGGCGCCACCAGUGCCCCCAUCAGUACCAGAAGCUGCUCCAUCAAUAUCAAGUGCACCCCCAGUUGCUCCACCAAUCCCAAGUAUGGCACCACCAAUUCCAAGUGCACCUCCAGCAAUGCCACCACAAUUCAAUCCUCCUCCAGUGCAGAAAGAAUCAUAUUCGCCGCCAGUAGCUCCACCUAUUCCACCAGCAGCUCCUCCAGUAUUACCUCCCACUGCUCCUCCAUCUUUGCCUCCAGCUGCUCCUCCAUCUUUGCCUCCAGCUGCCCCAUCACCACCAACAUCUACGCCAGCUACACUUUCCAACAACGUAUAUAAGAAAGUGGCACCACCACCUCCACCGCCAGGAUCAUCUACAUAUAAUGACUUGGAUCUGCAACAACACGCUGGUUCAUCAUUGCGAAAGAUUUCUGCUCUGGCAUAUACGAUAAAUCCAAGUCUCGGCAGGACAAAAACCGCCACUGCCUCAACGAAGAUUGUAAUUGAAGAUAAAGGAAGGUUUAAAUUCUCCAAUGCUAACGCAUUGCCGAACCCACGUAGGUACGAGAAUACGAAGAAGUUAUAUCCUAGUGGAAGAGGAUCGUCUGUGCCAUUAGAUUUAAGUUUAUUUACAUAA